AUGGCAUUUAACAAAACUGAUAUUAACACUGAAAAUGAAGCUAAAGAAUACCCGAAUUAUUACGGAGGAGUUCUUAAGCCAGAAGAAAAGGCUAUCUUUGAUAAUGGUCUUUUAAAACCAAAUGGUAUUUUGAAUAAAACAUUUCUUCAAGAUACUGCCGAAUUACUUAACAAUUUGAAACAAUCUAAAGAAAAAGUAAAAACUGCAACCAUGGGUUUAGAUGAUGACAAAAGAACUUUAUUAAAAAGUUUUUUAGUAGAACAAAAAGGUGAGACUAUUCCUUAUCAAUUAGUUAAUAGUUUGGGUAGUGAUAAACCAGUUGACAAAGUUAUUAGUCAACUUGAAGAUGUUUUUUUUGCUGAAAAUGAACCUGAAUUUGAUCGAAAAAUUGAAACAACAGCACUUAAACUUAAAGAAUUACUAGACAAAGGAAAAGGUGUAGAUGAAGAAAUAGAAAAACUGCAAAAAAAAUAUAAUCAAAAAUUAUUAGAGGAACAAACUACAUUAGAAGGUAAGGUUUCUGCUGCGGUUACUGCUUUAAAAAAUGAACUUAAAACUGCUGGGGGUGCAGGUCUCAAAAUUUUGCAAAAUAUCAUAGACAGCAAUAAAGAUUAUUCAGAACGAUUUUAUACACCUACUGUGCCAGAUUCAGCUACUUCUUAUGGAUCAGUCAUCCAAACUGGUUAUAUUAGUAGUGCUAAACCUUAUGCUCAUCCGGCUUAUUUGCUCGAAGAUUUACCAGGUGCUAAUGAUAAGAAAAAGUUUAAAGAUACCUUUGAAAGGAUUCGGAAUUGA